CUAUGCAUACUUACUCCACUCGUCUUUGAUUUGUUGAGCAUACUGGCUGCCUUUCCGGUGACACACACACGCACAAGCACAGCGACAGCAGUCAUGGCUGCGAACACAGGAUUCCGACUGGGCGAAGACCAAUUUUCAGAGGCGAGCGACAGCGACCAAUCACAACAUAGCCAACGGAGCCCUUCACCCAGGCAGGCCAACGGCCAGGUACCUGCACAGAAAUCUAAGAAGAAAAAACAAAAGGACCGACGUAAAAUGGGCGCAUUGGCCGACGAGCUAGUCGAUGUCUUGGAUGAUGCCUUUUCGGCACCGACGGCCCAUGCAUACACUGGUACUGAUCAGCAAACAAGCGGUGACCAGAGCAUCAUGGUUGACGCCGAAUCUGCGGGCAAAAAGAUGAACAAGCGCACUCGUCAGAAUCUCGCGAGGAUGCAGGCCCGCAAGGAGAGGAAUAGCGUCAAGAUGAAGGAUGUUACUCAAGACAAGACAUUACAGGCCGAGAUGGCCGCUGCAGAGCGAAGAGGCAUGUCAUUGGAGGAGUAUCGAAAGCUCGGCUCUGGAAAAGGCAUGUCCAAGGCUUCGGCGAGGAGGGUGAAGAAGGAAGCUAUGCGAAAGCAGCGUGUGGCUGCAAUGGUGGAUGAAAUGGAGAUUGGAUAGGAUGCGGAAUCAGGCACGCUGAGUUGCAUCUCCAUCCGCUCGUCUUCAUUCAAGAUUGAAGCUUCCACCUUUCCGUCUCCCUUGUCUAACCCUUACUUGAAAAACAGGCUGGUCCAAAUUUAGCCUUUGCAAGACUGGCUACACACUAGUUUGUAAAUCUCACAUGAUCAGCACUGCCUGCGAACACCCUACCUGGACAAAACGACCGGGCUACUGCAAGAAAUCAGUCUCAUUUCCAAUCAUUCCUUGCGUCCCUUGUCCUCGCUUGUACUUGAUCCAUCGCCACCGCCACCACCGCUCUUUCUUCAAAGAUAGGGCUAUGUUGAAAUCAUGCUAAACUCAUACUAGACCAGAGAAGAGCAGA